GUAGAGCCAAUACACUGCCUCCUCGCCCAACGCCGGGGGCAGGGCACGACGGGAGCCAAUGGGCGCGGGGAAGGGAUCAGACGGGAAUCUCUAAUUUAUUGCUUGCUGACUGUUCUGUCUGGUGAAAACCAUGUCAUCCAUAUUGCCAUUCACUCCACCAGUUGUGAAGAGACUUCUAGGGUGGAAAAAAUCAUCUGGUGGCUCUGGAGGUGCUGGUGGUGGUGAGCAGAAUGUUCAGGAGGAAAAGUGGUGUGAAAAAGCAGUGAAAAGCUUAGUUAAGAAGCUGAAGAAAACAGGACAGCUGGAUGAACUUGAGAAAGCAAUUACCACUCAGAAUUGCAAUACAAAAUGUGUGACAAUACCAAGCACUUGCUCUGAAAUUUGGGGACUGAGUGCACCAAACACGAUAGAUCAGUGGGAUACAACAGGCCUUUACAGCUUCUCUGAACAAACCAGAUCUCUUGAUGGCCGUCUACAGGUAUCUCAUCGUAAAGGAUUGCCACAUGUUAUUUACUGUCGUUUGUGGCGCUGGCCAGAUCUUCACAGUCACCAUGAACUUAAAGCAAUUGAAAACUGUGAAUAUGCUUUUAAUCUUAAAAAGGAUGAAGUAUGUAUAAACCCUUACCACUACCAGAGAGUGGAGACACCAGUCUUGCCUCCUGUACUAGUGCCACGGCACACUGAAAUUCUAAUGGAACUUCCACCUCUCGAUGACUAUACCCAUUCCAUUCCUGAAAACACUAGCUUUCCAGCAGGAAUUGAACCACAGAGCAAUUACAUACCAGAAACACCACCUCCGGGAUAUAUCAGUGAAGAUGGAGAAACAAGUGACCAGCAGUUGAACCAAAGCAUGGAUACAGGAUCUCCAGCAGAGCUGUCUCCUAGUACACUCUCCCCAGUUAGUCAUAGUUUGGACUUGCAACCAGUUACUUACUCGGAGCCUGCAUUUUGGUGUUCAAUAGCAUAUUACGAAUUGAAUCAAAGAGUGGGAGAAACCUUUCAUGCAUCCCAGCCUUCCCUGACUGUAGAUGGCUUUACAGAUCCAUCAAAUUCAGAACGAUUUUGUCUAGGUCUGCUCUCCAACGUAAACAGAAAUGCUACAGUGGAAAUGACAAGGCGACACAUAGGAAGGGGAGUACGUCUUUAUUACAUUGGUGGAGAAGUCUUUGCUGAGUGCUUAAGUGAUAGUGCAAUUUUUGUUCAGAGCCCCAACUGUAAUCAAAGAUAUGGCUGGCAUCCUGCAACCGUGUGCAAAAUUCCACCAGGAUGUAAUCUAAAAAUCUUUAAUAACCAAGAAUUUGCUGCUCUUCUGGCUCAAUCUGUGAAUCAGGGUUUCGAAGCAGUUUAUCAGCUUACUAGAAUGUGUACCAUAAGAAUGAGUUUUGUUAAAGGAUGGGGAGCUGAAUACAGGCGUCAAACAGUAACAAGCACUCCUUGCUGGAUUGAACUUCAUCUGAAUGGACCUCUACAAUGGUUGGACAAAGUAUUGACUCAGAUGGGCUCCCCUUCAGUACGCUGUUCCAGUAUGUCAUAAAAUUCCUUUCUCUGUUACCAGUGGACUAAAUAUCGAGUCCAAUCAACAGGCAUUAGAUAACAGCUCAUCUGUCAUAGUAUGUGUGUGGUCCCCAAUGACCACAAAGGUUUUGAAAUUAAAAACAGCACUCGGUCUCAUCAAUUAAAGCACCUUGUGGAUUCUGUUUCCUGUACUCUGAUACUAGAUGAAAAUUUAGUGUAUAGAAAUACCUUCUUCAGAAAGAAGGGACAGUUCUAAACAUUCUUAAUAGUGCUUUUAUUGGAUAAAUAUCUGACUGUCCUAAUGGUUUAUCAAUAACAUGAAUAAGUAUAUGUACAGGUAAUGUAUCAUGAUCUCAAGUAUCACAGUAUUGUGCUGUUCUACAUUUUAGUUCCCAUAAAUAUUUGUUUGUUUUCUUGAUUGGGGUAAAUAUCUCAUAAAUUCCCAAGACUCCUCUAUUCUCUUAUAUUUUUAUAUAAGCAUGUUUUAAAGUUGUCCUAAACAUGAAAAGCAGACUUUCCUUGUAGAAAAUCUUAACUUUUUGCUGCCUUCUUAAAGAAAAAAAAAGAAAAUCUCUUCAUUGGAAGAGAAAGAAAUGUAUUGAGAUUCACCUGUGAAAUCUUAAAACACUUUAUAUGCUUAAUGGGACCCAAAAUGUAUUCAUGUUAUAAAUUCUGAGUAUUCAUCAUGCUUAGGAGUCUACUUUUCCCUACCUGAGUUGAUACGUCUCUUGCCAGCAGUAUUGCUGGCACUGAUAUAAUGUGGGAUUUUUUUUGUACCUUAAAUCACUGAAAUCAGUGUUGCUUCUCAUGGAAUAAGAAUUUGCCAAUGCAUUGGAUAGUGGAUUAAAUACACAAGAUUAUUGGUUUAUCUCUUGCACAUCUGAAAAUCAUAGGUUUUAGUUUUUGGAGCCAGAUAAUUUGAAAAAUCCUUUCCCAAGGUAAACUAGACUUUUUGUAUAGGUUUUUAAUAGAUACAGCUUCUUAACAUAUUUCAGUAAUGUAAUUUAAAUUUCUGAGCUGAGUGGCUUUGUAUAGCUUACUUACAUACCAGAUCAUAUGCAUUCAUUAUGUCAUAAUGGGCUUUGUUAUUAAAAAUAGCUGCUUCUGCAAUAUCGCUAGGAUAGUGGUUACUGAGAUAUGAUUAAUGAAGGAGGACUUCUAGGUUCUUUGUGACAGUGUAUGUUAUUGCGAACCCUUGGACACUGCAGUUGCAUCAUGCUACAAAUAUUCUGAAAUAUAUUCUACAAAUAAGUCCAGUUUGGGGAAUGGUUGGGAAACUGUAUAGAAGGGUUAUUCUGACUUGAAAAAUAUGCAUUUUACUAACAAUCUUGUUACCUAUCUGUCUGUCAAUCUUUUGUUAUUGUGGCAGUAACAGGAUUGCCUUUGUCUUUUUUCCCCAUUGUUUCAUCUAUUAUGCUAGUACUGUACUUUGUAAGUACAGCUAGUAAUAAUUUAGCUUUCAGAUCAAAAAUGUGGCCAGUGUUACAACUUUUAAUCAAUUGACUGAAUUGAUGACAGUGAUGGAUAUUUUUAUGCCAUACAGCAUAGAAGCAAUACCAAAAAUCAAUCCUUGAAAAAGUGGGCCAGACACCUUUAAAAAAAUAGGCAAGGCAGUUUCCAGUAUGUGCUCAUUUUACCAGAAAACUAAUGUAUUGGAAGAAUUUGUGAACCUAAGAAAUAAGUUUCAUGUGUGUUGCAUUUGCCUAAUAUGUGAAUACAUUAAUAAAAGUUUUAAUUCUCAUAA